AUUGCUUGUCUUUGUUCCCGGAAAACCUCCGCUCAGGAUGAACACACAUGAACUCCAAAGGUACAGUGCAACUACAGCGACAAAGGGUUGGAGAGGGAGAUGCGGAGAAACACGAACCGGAUGAGAACAACGUUUGUUCACUCACUCUGGGUCCGGGGUCGAUGUUGGACGGUUCCACGGUAGCCUCCCGUUUUCUGCACGUGGAGUUGGAGCUGAACGUUCACCUUCGCCGGCUGUCGUUCAAUGAGCCUGUGCACUACAUCUACAACCCGCUGGAGUAUGCCUGGGAACCGCACCGCUGCUUCGUUGAGACGUACUGUCGUGGCGGACAGAGUAUUCUCUUUCUGGGGAUGAACCCGGGACCCUUCGGCAUGGCUCAGACCGGGGUCCCCUUUGGUGAGGUGAACUAUGUCCGUGAUUGGCUGAAAAUCACUGGGGAGGUGGGACAUCCCCCUUCGGAGCACCCAAAGCGACUAAUCAAAGGCCUAGACUGCAUUCAGAGUGAAGUGAGUGGCGCCCGUUUCUGGGGCUUCUUCCGCAAGCUGUGUGGUGAGCCAGCUGUGUUCUUCCGCCAUUUCUUUGUACACAACCUGUGCCCACUUAUGUUCAUGGGUACCACCGGCAAGAACCUGACACCCCCCGAGCUGGUCAUUGGGGAACGUGAGGCUCUCCUGGCUCUCUGUGACAUGGCACUGUGCCAGGCUGUGGCUGCCCUGGGCGUCACCAUGGUGAUUGGGGUUGGCAGAGUGGCAGAGCAGCGAGCACGGCGAGCCCUCUCUGCAGCGGGCAUGGAGGUACGGGUGGAGGGCAUCAUGCACCCAUCCCCCAGGAACCCGUUGGCCAAUAAGGGCUGGGAGGCGGUAGCCAAGGCCAAGCUGGAGGAACUGGGUGUCCUAUCGCUGCUGACCAUGUGACCUCUAGCCAAUCAGCCUCCAUGAACAAAUACUGUAUUUGCUGUAUGCUGGCCUGGGGGUAUAAGUUGCCCACUGGCACAGAUCUAGGGUCAGCUUACCCUUCCCAAAUCCUAACCUUCAUCUUUAUGGGGAAUAACACAUCACCCAGGCCCUCUCACACAGCAUUCCCUGUAGAGCAGCAGCCCCCCCAGAGCUCUCAUGUGUAUAGGCCAUGCAGAGACACAAUGCAUCACAAUGACUCUCCCCAGAUGCUGUUAUAUCCAUUACAGAGAAGAUACAUUAUGUCUGUAUGUACUUUACUGUGGUGUGUACUGCCUCACAGCAUGUAGACAGCUACUCAUCUCUGACAUCUGAUCUUUGUGAGGACAUUCUGUAGCAUAUUACCUGGAAGUAGUUAAAUCCAGAGACUGUAAUGAAGAUAUUUUACGUUUUUAAAAUGGUAUCAAAUUGGUAUAUCGUUUACAAUUAUAAGAUGAAAGAUUUUCAGGAUUACAGUAGAUACUGUAUACAGGUUUAGGAGGAGCUUGCCUUAGGGCUUUUAACUGCACUGUUGCUAUCAGGCUCUGAUGAUGUAACUGACCAGUUAGUCUAGAAUAGGUUUUAGUUAGAGUUAAUUUCACCAUCACUGUUAAAUGUUAGACUGUGUUAUUUUUCUUGUUUACAAAUUACAUGUCAUGUUGCAGUAGUUUUUUUUUUUUUUCUGUCCUUCCUACGGUGUGUCAGAUCUGGCUAAGAAAUACCUCACUACAUAUUCCAGGUAAACAUAGUUUGUCAGUCACACCUUCUUAAUUCGUUUUCUAUUCACUGACCCAGUCUCGACCUGCAGAGCUUGUUACCAAUAAUGAUGCUCAGUUAUUCAGAGGCAUGUUGCCUUCAUGAUGUAAAGCUAAUGACAUCCUACUCUCAAUUUGAACCAGGGUCCUGCUUGUGGUCAUUAUGGUAGUCCUUCUUGUUUCCGACUUGGUCUCGGCAGUGGUUUGCAAAUGUGGAGUGAAUGUAGGCUUGUUUCUUUCUUUUUUGGCCCAUUGUAACAACAUUGCAAUAGCAUUGUUUCUCCUUUGGUCAAUUUAGUAAACGUUCAAGCCAACCAUUGUCCUUGGCUGAUGCUUUAUGUAUGGGGAUGCCCUGUCCUUGCCUGUUACAUCUUGGCAGGACUUCACUUGUUGGCAAAAUUCUGACCUUCAAGGUCCUAUAUCCACAUUAGUGCAUAGCUAUGUAUAAAGCACUCUCUAAAAUGUUUGUACUGGGACGACGCCCCAAUAGGUCAUGCAUAAUUAGAAGAAGCCAUUGAUGACAUACAAGGCACUCAUGGUCUUGCACCAUGUUGUUAUACUACUCAGCUCUGCAGGAGGUUAACUAAAGUGUUAUCCUUGCAGGUUUCUCUCCAAUGAUUGAAUUUACUUUAUUUUGGGUAACAGAUAUAUACAGCAAAAUGUACAAUGUGGACCCAGAUGAUAUCACUUGAAAGCAUUAAUUAAAACACUUGUUUCCAAAGUGGUCCUUGAUAGUAAAAACAAUAACACACCAUUCUGUACACCUCAGACAAAAUGCCACAGGUCAGGUGAUCAAGCUUUCUGUGUGCCACUCCAUGUGUGAGCCUAAAUCAGGUGGUCCCUUAAUAAGAAUGAUCGUUUUAAAUAUGCAUGGUAUUAAUCUUAUGCUGUGGCGUUGUAAUGUACUUUAAUGUGUUCCUGAUGUUAGUGUUUAAAAAUAUAUAUAUUUAUGUCUUG